AUGUGGAGUUGUGCAUCAUGGCGAUUGCGGGCCACCCUGAUCGGCAUGAUUUUCCUUGUCAUCUUCUGGUUGCUCAGCCCUACCUCACCACAGAACGCCGGUUCUCCCGACUUAUCUCCUGACUUGUCCACAUUCGAUUCGAAGGUCCAGUUUGAUUUGAAGUCCCAGGACUCUGUGUUUGAACACCUCCCCGAUCUCCCCGCCCCUCAGGAGCCCCUGGACCCCCCAGAUCGACAUACAAUCGUUCCAACCGCGGUCGCCCAGCCGUUGGUGGCGUCGCAUCCGCCUCUGCCCCAGGAAUAUACGACAGUGGCCAAACAAGUGCGGUUCUGUGCCGAUCGCUUUAGCGUUCGAUACCUGGAGAACCUGCGUGAUUCCGCGACCGAGUACUGUACGCCCAAUUCCUCUUCGCCCUUGACGUGUUUCCACAGCCAGACCGCCGGUGAGCGCGUGGACACCAUGUGCAUCGGCCAGAACGCCAUGUUCUCGCCGACCAAGACGUUAUUCCGCAUGGAUUGCAAGUUGGGUGAUCUGGCUCACCCGGAAACUCCUGUGGCGCCGCCGCCAUUUGGUUCAUUCCACAAUUACUGGUAUGACACCGGCCCGGAGGAGGUGCUGUAUCGGUAUGUGUAUGUAGCAGCAGACCCCGGCAACUCCGUGCCGUCCCAGACGCCGAAUUAUACUAUCCUCGUCAAGCGAGAGGGCGUGGAUAAUCUCUGGCAUUGCCUCAUGGAGGUUUUCUCCGUGGCUCUGACCAUGGGCGUGUUGAAGAUGAGCUCGCGGCCAGGCGACAGUCGUCCGUUUUUUACUUCGGCCGACAAGGGUAAUACCCAGGCCAUUCUGCUCGAUGAUCAUGCCGAUGGCCCGUAUAUCGACCUGUGGUCUAUCUUUGGCGAUAAGCCCACCGUGCGCAUGCACGAUCUACCUCCCAAUACCACUUUUGAAAACAUCAUCGUCCCGCUGGCCGGCGCCAGCAAUCCACUGUGGCAGGGGGACUGGGAAUCCCUUCCGUGCGAAGGCUCAGCUCUUCUCAACGCGUUCUCACAUCAGGUUAUCGGGGUGUAUGGCCUGGGAGAGACCCAACCACGACCAGGCCUUGAGAUCAACAUCACCUUUAUCGACCGCGCUGGUUCGCGGAAGCUCCUCCGCCAGACCCAAUAUCUGCAGGAGUUACAACAGGCUUACCCGCAGGCCGCUAUUAAAUCCUUUGACCUGGCCGCCCUUUCCUUGAAAAAGCAGCUGGAAAUUAUCCAACACACCGACGUCCUCGUCGGGGUUCACGGUGCCGGGUUGACUCAUGGCAUUUUUCUUCCACCGUUGUCCACCAUGGUGGAGAUUCUGCCGUUUGGUGUCAACCACAAGGGAUUUCGCAACGUGGCCUCUCUUAUGGGACAUUCCUAUUUCCCUAUUCAUGGAGCCGAGCCGUCUGAAGCAACUGUGGACGCCACGAGUGAUUGGCAUAACCAGGAUGUCUUUUUGGCUCAAGACAAGUUCAUGAAUCUCAUGGGCAUGGUGAUGAAGUCUAUUGAGAUUAAGAGAAAGGGGAGUAGUGCGGUUUUUUGA